CAAGGAAGUGUUGUGUCAAACAGAAACAGGGCCGAGUCUUGUCUCGUCUCCGGAGAGGACUCGCUAACAACAUUUCACGCUCUUGUAGGACACGGAGCUGAGGACAGAGACGGACAGCGGCAGUAGUUUAUCACUAAUUUAUGAAAAUGGCUUUAAAGCGCUCGUGUCCGCUGCUCUUAUUAAACUGUCUCCUUAUCUGCGUCACUUUGUGGAGCAACCUGAGCAACGGGGUGGUUGCCAAAUCAUCCCGGAGACCCAACAUUGUUCUGAUCCUCACCGACGACUUGGACAUCGCUAUCGGGGGUCUGAGCCCACUCACCAAGACGAAAAAACUCAUCGGUGAUGCAGGGAUAUCAUUCACAAACGCAUUUGUGGCCAGCCCGCUGUGCUGCCCCAGCCGAGCCAGCAUCCUGACGGGGAAAUACCCCCACAACCACCACGUCAUCAACAACACGUUAGAGGGAAACUGCAGCAGCAAAGCUUGGCAGAAGAGCGAGGAGGCCCACACCUUCCCCGCACUGCUGAAGACGUACGCCGGCUAUCAGACCUUCUUCGCUGGGAAAUAUCUCAACCAGUAUGGGCACUCAGAGGCUGGUGGAGUGGAGCAUGUUCCUCCAGGCUGGAACUACUGGGUCGGACUGGAGAAGAACUCUAAAUACUACAACUACACUCUAUCAGUGAACGGGAAGCCGGAGACACAUGGAGCCGACUACAACAAAGACUACCUGACAGACGUCCUGGCCAACAGGUCUCUGGACUUCCUCCAGUAUAAAUCAAACUACCAGCCGUUCUUCAUGAUGGUGUCCAUCCCAGCCCCCCACUCCCCGUGGACCGCAGCCCCUCAGUACCAGAACAGUUUCAACACCACCAAGGCUCCCAGAGACCCAAACUUCAACGUACACGGGAAGGACAAACACUGGCUGAUCAGACAGGCUAAAACCCCCAUGACCAACUCCUCUGUUCAGUUUCUGGAUGAUGCCUUCAGGAAACGGUGGCAAACUUUGCUGUCGGUGGACGACCUGGUGGAGAAAAUAGUGAAGAGGUUGGAGGUCAGAGUUGAACUGGACAACACGUACAUCUUCUUUACCUCUGACAACGGCUAUCACACAGGUCAGUUCUCUCUUCCUCUGGAUAAGAGGCAGCUCUACGAGUUCGAUAUCAAAGUCCCUCUCAUGGUCAGAGGACCAAAUAUCAAGCCCAACCAGACCAGCCAGAUGCUGGUGGCAAACGUCGACCUCGGUCCGACCAUCCUCGACAUCGCCGGCUACAACGUCAACAAGACGCAGAUGGACGGCAUGUCCGUCCUGCCCAUCAUGGAGGGGAAGAUGAACAGCAGCAGCUGGAGAACAGACAUCCUGGUGGAGUAUGAAGGAGAAGGAAGCAACUUGACCGACCCCUCGUGUCCUCUGCUUGGACCUGGAGUGUCGGAGUGUUUCCCAGACUGUGUGUGUGAGGACUCGUACAACAACACUUACGCGUGUGUGCGCACAGUCGCCCCCUCUGCCAACCUGCAGUACUGUGAGUUUGAUGAUAAUGAGGUGUUUGUUGAAGUCUACAACGUGACAGCAGACCCUUACCAGCUGACCAACAUCGCAAAGACCAUCGACCAGGAAGUCCUGGAGAAGAUGAACCACCGGCUGAUGAUGCUGCAGUCCUGCUCAGGACAGUCGUGUCGGACUCCCGGCGUGUACGAUACAAGGUAUAAAUUUGACCCCCGACAGAUGUUUACGGACCACAGCUGGCGGCUCAGCAGACUCAGACAGAAGAUGAAGUAAGAAGGAUGGAGGGAUGAGAUGGAGGAAGAAGGGCUGUAAUGGAAAUUGUACUCAGCCUUUCCUGCUGUUGUUGCCUUGUUGUCAGGCCUCCUGAGCCAGUCUCUGUGUAGCUGGAUGGA